AUUAACCGGAAGAACACGGCAGUCAUCAUGUUUAGUAAAUAAAGUGUUCGACUUCCAUUGUUUACUGUUAUUUAUAGUCUUAACAUGUCAAAGAACGGUUACAGUUUGUGUCUUUGAAGGUUUGUGCCAUUUUCAUUGAGCGCUGGUAAAACUGGCGACCCAGCAAGUUAAGAAGGUCAUUUAUCGGUGGAUAUUGACUUUAACAACCACGGGCACCGGCACCAUUGGUCAGUCUUUACAUCAGAGUACACCAUUAAACCUUCAUCAUGUGGGAUGUUGAGAUCAGGGGCAUGGCAUCAGCUCAUGCCAUUAUUGCCUCCUCCAUAUUUCUGGCAACUGUAAUACCUGCUGUGUUUUUGGAGAACUUCUCUGUUUAUGGCACCCACAUGGUUUGGCUGUACUCUGUGGCUGGAUCUGUAGCUGUGGUCAACAUUGCAGUGUUUCGGCUUUUAGGCAUAAUCCCACCAACAAAGAAGAACACAUUGAGCUUCAAGAUCAAUCGAUUAUUCAGAUCCUGUCUGUACUUUCUCCUGUCGUGUCUUUUUUAUCAUACUGUGGUAGUACUGUACGGUGCACCUCUGCUUGAGUCUGCCCUGGAGACUUUUUCACUGGCUGUGCUGCUGUCCACAUUCACCACACUGAGAUGUCUGUGUAUACUGGGUCCUAAUAUACAGGCGUGGAUCCGGGUGUUUAGCAGAGAUGGGGCGUUGUCAGUGUGGGACACGUCUCUUCAGAUUACAACUGGCUGUAGUUUGGUUGGGGCCUGGCUGGGAGCUUUCCCUAUUCCCCUUGACUGGGACAGACCCUGGCAGGUUUGGCCUGUUUCCUGUACGCUUGGCGCAACUGCUGGAUUUCUGACUGGCCUCCUCGUUGCACCUGUUUGGAUCCACUGGCAUCGCAAACUUCUCACUUACAAGCUUAAAUAAGGAAAAGAAGCACAUUCAAGUGUUAAGCCACUGGGAAUUUAGAAAUUAAUUCAGGCUUGUUUUUGAAACAUUUGUGUCCUCCCAGAAGCGUGAGCUCCAGAUCCCAGAAAUGACAUUGCCACAUUUACAACAAUUAAAGUCUGUUUUUUGUAGAAUAAAAUAUUUUGUCCCUUGUAUGCUCCUCAUGGCAGUAUAUUUACUUCAUUGUUCUUCUUCUUUCAUAAAAUAAAGCGAUUACCAACAGAAGAGUUUUGUAAAAUGCAAAUGUUUUGCAACUCAAAUCGAGACACCGGGUUCCCUUUUUGAAGUUAAAUAAAGUCCUACUUCUGUAAAUGACACAUGGGUUUGGUUGUGCUGUUGAGGCUGUCUGGGUUUCAACCCUCAAAGUGAACUUGUGCUCACAGAGCCAGACGUGGAAAGCAGAUUGUUUUUAGUCUACUGUACAUCUUUCAUUUUCUAUUCUCUGUGCUUGUCAAUUCAAUAAUUUAGAAUUUCCAACCAUUUUCCUUGUAGGCCAUCUCAUUGUUUAGUGUUUGUGUCAAUUGUCCUUGAAGAACAUUUCUUUUUGAACAAUGUUUUUCUCAUUCCCCCAACUUGGACUAUGAGCCUCAAUUGUUAACACUAUUUGUAGGUGAUUGCAUCCAGUCAUAUUGGUUGAUCUCUGGUUGUCAGUUCAUCGUGUCAUCACCGUCAAUUGUUGAGUUCUUGUUUA